CGGAUUAUCAAGCGUGCCAUACAUCAACAGUGUUAAAAAUUACUUGUACAAGCGAUUAUCAACUUAUCAUCGCUGCUUGUAAGUUUUAACUCAACUCGCCGGUUGCCGCACAAAUGAAGAAUGAACCGGAGAGAGAAACAUCCCCUUCUGAUUCUCAGAAAACUGUUUCUGACGAUGAGGAGAUAGAUUACUCAGUAAAGCCAGAGUUUUACGACUCCGACCUCGACAUCAAGGACGAAUCAUGGGCUCAGAAGAAAAGAGGCGGCCGUACCUCUGAUGCCACACUCAGUUGCCCGGCUUGCUUCACCAUACUUUGUCUUGAUUGCCAAAGGCAUGAAAAGAUUGUGACCCAAUACCGAGCAAUGUUUGUGGUCAAUUGUAAGAUUGAAGACGAACCACAGCUUGGAAGUAAACGAAAGAGGGAAAGGAAGGGUGGCCAUGGGAAACCACAGACAGGUUCUGCUCUUUCCGAUAAAGGUGAAACGUUUAAACACGUGUGUUGUGGAGUGUGUUCAACGAAGGUUGGAGUCAUUGACGAGGAUGAGGUCUAUCAUUUCUUGAAUGCUCUUCCAAGCGAGUGUUGACUUUCUUUAAGUUUAUAUUGACAACUAAUCAGCUAUAUAUAUGAUGUAGGAGUGUAGGACUUGUUGAUUCUGUAACAAAAAUUCCUUGCAAGUGUAAGAAUAGUUGUACUGUAUUUUUAUCUGGGUUUUAGUUUAUUGAAAACAACAGAACUGGAACAAGUUUGGUCCUAUUUUGGCGGAUUCAGAAGCGGAACUAGUAUAAAUUUUGAACCGGUUUCGGUUGUGAAGUGGAAAACUGGUCUGUUUCUGGAAUCAGGUCAUUUCUAGUGGGUUCCAACUUCCAAUGCCCCAAGGCCUUUUGGAAUUACCAUCUGGCAACACCUUGUGAUACUUCUUCAUUUGGUUCCGCAAUUUCUAUUGAGUUCUAAGUUCUAACUA